UGUAUGAGAAAACAAGGAAAGUAGAGAAAAAAGAUGGAUAUGGCAACUGAGGCACCCAAAGCUCCAUUGACUCGUGAAAGGAAGAUUCGAUCAAACCUUGAGGAAAAAUUACCUAAACCCUAUUUGGGAAGGGCUCUGGUAGCUCCAGACGUGGAACAUCCACACGGAACAGAAGGGCGUGAUAAUAAAGGAUUGAGUGUUCUUCAGCAACAUGCUUCCUUUUUUGAUCAAGACAAAGAUGGAGUUUUGUAUCCCAGGGAAACUUACAGAGGGAUGAGAAAUCUUGGUUUCGGCCGAAUUGAAAGUUUCUUUGCUGCGAUCGUCAUCAAUAUGGCAUUGAGUUAUUCCACUCUCUCUGGAUGGCUCCCAGAUCUACAUUUCCCCAUAUAUAUCGACAGAAUACACAAAUGCAAGCAUGGCAGUGACACAGCAACAUAUGACACUGAAGGAAGGUUCAUGCCAGUGAACUUCGAGAACAUCUUCAGCAAGUACGCUCGAACUGUGCCCGACAAGUUAUCGUUCGAAGAAGUGUGGAACAUGACCGAGGCUAAUCGGAACCAAUACGAUUUUAUUGGAUGGAUAAUAUCGAAGGGGGAAUGGAUACUUUUAUAUCGGCUUGCAAAAGAUGAAAAUGGUUAUCUAUCGAAAGAAGCAGUGAGGGGCUGUUUUGAUGGAAGCUUGUUCGACCAUGUUGCAUAAAUGGAUAAGGCUACG